AUGCCUGUCUCUACGAGAAAAUCGCUGGCACGAGCGCCUGACGGUCAUCCUGAGUCAUCAGGACAAGAUGUCACUGAGAUUAUGAACGAAUUGGCAAGCGUUGCCCCAGAGACUCCGUCUCGAAAGCGUCCUCGGCGAUCUAGCAUCAUGGAUGGCUCAAAAGGACCCCCGAACAAGAUGCUUGCAGUUGAGAUUCUUCACCCGGCAAGCGCUCAGAGUACCCCGGGCAGACCUUCCCCCAGGAAGACUUCAGGUCGACUGAAGGCACGCACCUCGCUUCCUGCACGCACACCGGCCACCAGGCGUACUGAGUGGGACAUACCCGCUGACGAUGUCGAUGGCACCGGAAAAGAGACGAGAAUGGAGCCAGUGAAGAAGUUGGUUCCACUCGCAAAGCCCAAACCUCUGCAAAAGUCUCCGUUCAAAGGGAGGGGGAUUAUACAAACACGGAGCUCUGCACGAGUAAACCUAGAUGAUUCACCCGCCAAGCCUGAGAAAACUAAAGACCUCUCCAAAAUUACAAAAUCUCUGCAAAAGGUUGGACGACCUAAGCGGAAAUUAGCGAGACCACCUACACCAGGCCUUGGUCUGAAACCGGAUCCUCCGCCAGCUCGAUCUCAGUCCGAGUUCUCCCCACUCAAAGCUGAUCGCAAAUCUGCUUCGAGGAAGAGCCGGCAUGUUCCUACUUCUGCACAGCCUAACACAUCCGAGUCAGUCAACGACAACUCGGUUGCUCAUCCAGAAGAGGAGAGUAACAUUAUUCCAAAGCUGGUGCCUACUCAAAUAGAGGCACCGGCAGGCAAUGAAGCCGGCGAGGGGGAGACCGUCGAGGCAACAAAUGAGGACGAACAUGAAGGGCUGCAGGACGAAGAGCACACUGGGUUCACAGUACCGACUCCAUCAUCACCUCCACGCCCCAAUACUGAGGCUGAACAGCGAGCCAAGAAGCUUGUACUGGCCGAGGUUGAGGAAGAAAGACGACAAGCUAAGAAGAUUGCACUUCGGGGCAUAGAAGAAGCUGUCGAAUUCAGCGAAUUGAAAGAGCCGUGGGCAGAACUUCUAGUUGGUGUUGCGCGCCUUACAGAAGUGAGAUCUUCAAGUCAGCCAGAAUCAAUCAGGGGGAAAGGCGUGCAGCGAGAAAUUUUUCGUCUUCAGAAAACUUAUGUGAUGCUGCGGGGGCAGAAUUCCUCGUCAAACCAAAUUCAACAUGGGAGUAUCAGAGAAGACAUGAAACGUCUACAAGAUCGCUGCGCUGGCAUCGAGGAGCAUAAGUUGAAAGAUCAAGGUCCAAACCCUCUUAAACGCUCCGAGAGAAAGAAGAUGGUGCUUGACGUUUAUCAGCAUCUGGUUCCCAACAUGGUCAAACUCGCCAAAAGCGUGUUGAAAACUCGAUUCAUUGAUAAUGACCUGACCGUCCAUGCCCACAAAGAAAUUGUCUUCUUCCUGAGGCUUGCAGAAAGUCUGGUUACGACAGCGAGAGAGUGGGAACCUGAGCCCGAGUUGGAAAGCGGAAUCAAAUCCAUUGCUAUUCACAGCAUCGCCAUCAAUGCUAAAAGUAUCGUGUCGAAAUACGAAGAGGUCCUUCUCAGGGAGGCUGGUAGGGUGUACUCAGAGCGUCUACACCUAAAGCAGGUAGCAGAUCUCGAGAAAUUGGACAGGGGAAUACAGAGGAGGAAUGCGAAAAUCAAUGCGGCGCACAGGCGAUUUUGGCACCAAGAUCAUGGAUGGCCUGGAAGGAGAAGGCGUUGGCCCGAAACCCAUUUGGUAGCUGAGCAGGUUAUUGAUAUUGAUGACCUCGAUGGUAUCCAAUCGGGAGAUCCUCCAAACUCGGUCCACAGGUUGUCUCAAACAUCGCGAGCAAGGAUUGGAAGACAACCUACUGAGGACAUUCCACCACCCAGCCAGUACACCUGGACGCAUAAAGAGACCGAGUUCUUGCUGAAUGCGCUCCAACGCUUUACCAAUGAGAAUCGCUUUGAACUGAUUAUUGAGCGUUAUGGUGGUCCUUUCGGUAUAUUGAAAAACUUCGAUAUGGAUCAAAUCAUGGCCCAAGCAAGGUUCCUAAAAGAAAGCAUGACUACUCGCUUGGGACACAAGAGUCCCUCUGAUCCGCAGUGGGGUUGGUUGAUGACUGUG